UCAAGUUGUCGAUUUUCUUCAAAUAAAAAUUCAAUUUUGCAAAGAGUUCAAUGGGUUGAAGAGAGGUUGGAGAUCCAAAACUUCGACUUUGAAAGUUAGGGACUUAAAGGCACACUAAAUGGAAGUUGGAGGAAUUAUUUUCCUUUUAAAAAAACGCUGAUUCAGCUGUAGACCCCGGAGUCGCUAGACGCUUCGCAGAGGGAGGUGGGAACAGCGAUUUCUGAAUUCCGAGUCUAACUCAGUGAGUGAGAUGGCAGUAGAAGGUGAACCGACACGGGUAAUGGUGGCGGUGAACGAGUCCACAAUAAAGGGGUAUCCACACCCGUCGAUAAGCAGUAGAGGAGCAUUCGAGUGGACUCUGAAGAAAAUCGUUCGCUCCAAUACCUCUGGUUUCAAGCUCCUCUUUCUCCAUGUCCAAGUGCCCGAUGAAGACGGUUUUGAUGAUAUGGAUAGUAUUUUCGCGUCUCCUGAAGAUUUUGCUAGCAUGAAGCACCGGAACAAGAUCAGGGGACUUCACCUGUUGGAAUACUUUGUCAAGCACUGCCAUGAUAUAGGAGUUGCCUGUGAAGCAUGGAUUAAGAAAGGUGAUCCAAAAGAAGUCAUCUGUCAUGAGGUAAACCGUGUCCGUCCGGAUUUUCUUGUUGUUGGAAAUAGGGGCCUUGGUCCUUUCCAAAGGGUAUUUGUGGGAACUGUGAGUGAAUUUUGCGUAAAGCACGCCGAAUGCCCAGUCAUUACAAUCAAGAGGAGUGCAUCCGAGACUCCUCAAGACCCUGUUGAUGAUUGAUCCAUUAUACCCGUCAUAUCAUUCUCCAUGUUAAUAUCCACUUGGUGUCUAUGUCUCUUGAUAUUGCUUCGUUACUCUUCUAAUUAAAUUUCUGAUAUUCUUAAAACUGUUGUAACACCACAUCCGGACAGGUUGAAAAUGAUUUCUCCUAUAUUACUAUGGUUUUAUGGAAACUUUUGUGGGUGAUAACUUGGAACAGGUUUGUAAAUAUUGCUUGUUUUAUGUUG